ACAAGCCCUGUGGAGAAAAUAACGUUGAAUUUAUACAACUUAAAUUACACGACCAUGGAUAUUAGAGAAGACAGAAAAAAGGAGGCGGAUGAUCAUCCUGAAGAUAUCUGCGAUUCAGGAUUUGAUUCAGUUUCAGAUUCCCUCAGAUCGAUAAAUCAAGAAGAUAAUCGCAAUAUUAAGAAAGAAUCACCAAAGGAGGCAGAUGAUGGCGAUAAAAAAGAUAACGACAAUAAAGUUGACAGUGUUACAGAGGACAGACUUGAUUCUUCCUAUGGGUCAUCAUCCAUCACAUCAGAAAACCUGUCGGAAAUUUUACAAAUUUGUAAAAUUACAGAGGAAAAACACCCAAAAAAGCCAGAACCUGAAGGACUUAGCCAACAAGAAAUAGAGGUCUUAACUUCAAUCAGCGAUGAUGGAGACACGAUUUUACACCUUGCAGUAAUUCAUGAGGAACAACAUUUUGCACUGUACUUGAUUUCCCUGUAUCCAAAAGAUGUUCUUGACAUGCAGAAUGACCUCUACCAGACACCUUUACACUUGGCUACAUACCUGAAUCAGCCAGUAGUGGUUCAAGCCCUGGUAGAAAAAAAGGCCUGCUUAGAGUUACAGGACCAGGAUGGGAACACGCCUCUCCACGUGGCAUGUGCCCAAGGAUACCUGGAAUGUGCCAUGGAGUUGACAAGAGAGAAUGAGAGCUCGCUUAGCAACGUGUUGAAGAUGCAGAACUGGAGAGGUAUGACUUGUAUGCAUGUAGCAACACUCCAGGGAAACUAUCAAUUGAUACAACUCUUAAUGAGGAAGAAAGCAAAUAUCAAUGCUCAGGAGGGCACCAGUGGGAAGACACCGUUGCAUCUCGGUGUGGAGCUUCAUGACCAGUCCCUCGUUUCGCUGCUGUUGAAGAUGGGGGCUAACGUAGACAUGGUCAUGUAUAAUGGCUGCACACCACUGCACCUGGCCGUUGGGAGGCAGGAUGCCAGCAUUGCCAAUCUUUUGUGCCAGUCUGGAGCUGACAAAUUAUUGAGGAACUUGGAGGGUGAGACAGCUCAAGAUCUUGCAGAUGGAAACGAUGAUAUACUCGCUCUGUUUCCAUUCGAUGACAUACAGAUUUCAGGCAGAUCUGUGGUGAACUUUUGAAGCACAACAAGAGAAGAAAAAAGACUUUAAAAACAUAAUUUUCCAAAGUCAGCACAGAGCUCAGAACAUUACUUUCUGGACCUGAUUGAAUAACUUCCGCUGGAAGUACUGGAGGUGACACUGGAGGCCAAUGACCUAGGAUGUAUGACGGCUUCUGGGCUGCUGUUGUUUUUUUAACGUUUGGGUUUAAAUAUAUGCUGUGGUUAUCUGAAGAAAGGGUGCCAGUGAUGAGGUAACUAAUAAGAAGUUUUUUUGUUAUCCUUAAUUAAAAAGCUUUUUACAAAAAACAGUAUAUAAAUAAAUAAAUUAUAUAUAUA